CUGAUAUGGUUCAUUGUUCCUACUGAUGUUCACUGGAAACACCCAUUAUAUCGGAAAUAUACCAGAGUUUAAGUGAUAAACCAAUCUUUCUGUGUUAUGCAUUCGUUUUCCUUUGGAAAUUUCACCCCCAAGCUCAACUGAAUAGUUCCCAAAAUGGGAUUUCAAAAUUUAUCAACAUUAGUGACCACUUCAUUACCCACCAUAAAUCUCAAAACAAUAUCUUUUUUUUGGUAUGAUUAUCUACUCUUCACCGUAGUGUUGGGAUUCAGCUCUCUAAUCGGUAUAUUUUUUGGGUGCUUUCGUAAGCAAGAUACCAAAAAAGAAUAUCUUCUGGGUGGCAAACGUAUGAAUGUGUGGCCUAUCGCAAUCUCUCUAGUGGCAAGCCAUACUUCAGCAAUCACUGUACUUGCAAUACCAGCAGAUGUAUAUAGAUAUGGUCUUGGAUUUUGGCAAGGAUGCAUAUCCUUAUUUCUUCUGCAUUUCACCACUUCCUAUAUCUUUCUACCAGUCUUCUACAAACUAGAAUUGACAAGUAUCUAUGAAUAUUUAGCAAUGAGAUUUGACGAGAAAACGAGAAUGAUGGCUUCUGCAUUGUACGCGGUCUCACUAUUACUUUAUUUACCCAUAGUAAUAUACAUUCCCUCCCUUGGAUUUGCUACAGCAACUGGAAUAGGCGUUCACGUUGUUGCACCAAUAGCUUGUGGAAUAUGCAUAUUUUAUACAACAAUUGGAGGUCUUAAAGCUGUUGUUUGGACAGAUACCUUCCAGUUUACCCUCACCGUAGGAUGUUUGGUUGCAGUUUUGAUGUUAGCAUUAGAAAAAGCUGGAGGUUUCUUUACCAUGUGGAACACUGCUCUAGAAGGUCACAGACUCGAUGUCAGUUUUGACCCAGAUCCUACGAGAAGAGACGGAUUCUGGGCCGUAGUUAUUGGCUUAACUUUUAUGUUUACUGCUCAAAACAGUAUAAACCAAGGAUGUAUUCAAAAGUUUCUUGCCUUACCAAGCAUAGCCGAUGCCAAGAAAUCCUGCUUUAUAUAUACCCAAGGAUGUAUUAUAGCAAAAACUUUGAGCAUUUUAAUUGGACUCACCAUGUAUGCAAUAUUUGCUGGAUGUGAUCCAUUUACUACAAAGAAGGUAGAAAGGAAUGACCAGUUAGUUCCAUACUUCAUCGUAGACGUUGGAAGUAGUGUCCCUGGAUUAUCUGGCCUCUUUUUCGCUGGUGUUUUUUGCGCUGCUUUGAGUACCUUAUCGGCGAAUCUUAAUUGUGUGGCAGGAACUUUGUACACCGACUUCAUAUCUAAAGUGAUGGAUCCAAAAGUUUCAGAAAAAGUCGCUAGUAACAUACUGAAAUUGUUAGUUAUUAUUGUAGGAGUGUGUGGUUGUUUGAUGAUAUAUAUCAUUGAACAUCUUGGUGGAAUAGUACAACUCAGUAUUAGUUUGAAAGGAAUCGCUGAUGGACCCCUUCUAGGAGUUUUUGCCAUGGGUGUUUUGAGCAGAAGGAUCAAUUCGAAGGGUGCAUUCUAUGGGGCUCUUCUGAGCAUGCUCUUCAUGUCAUGGUUCUUCAUGAUGGUAAAAUACUAUGAGAAAAUGGGACAUCUCAAGUAUGAAGCGAAACCACUAUCUACUGCCAAUUGUACUUAUAUCUUCAAUUUCAACGAGACGAGUACCAUAAGUCCUCCUCCAUCUGAUGACAACAUAUUCUACAUGUUCAGGUUGAGCUUUUACUACUAUACUGUAAUUGGGACCAUGAUGUGUUGCUUUAUUGGUUCGUGUAUCAGCUUUUUCACGAAUAAAAAGGACGAUCCUAUAGUACCCAAGAAAUUAUUAUGCCCCUUGGUCCACUGGAUGUAUGACGAUGAGGAAGAUGAGAUUGAGCAAGUGAACAAAAGCAACGGAGAUUAUUUCAAUGUUGAACAAGCAAUUCAAUUAACUACAAGUCAUGUAGAAGAAGCAGAAAAAAAAAGUUAAAGUGACAUCUGAAAGACUACCGAAAAAUCAAGUGUCUAAUUCUCGAAAUAUUUUCCAAGCCUCCAAACAGUUAGAAAAAAAUACAAACAACUGAAUGUUUUCGACUUAAUUUCUCCAG